AUGAGAGUAAAUUGCAAUACCGGAUAUGAAUUGCAAGGACCCAAACUGAUCGUUUGCGUACAAGGCAAAUGGGAUGCAGAGAAACCUGUGUGUGCAAAAAGAGGAUGUCAAAAAGAUUUAAUUGCACCCGAUAAUGGACGAUUGCUGUAUGAAAAAGAUCUUAAGGCAGUUCUUUAUUGUAUGGACAGUUAUAUAGUAGCGGGAAAUCGACACGCAUAUUGUAAUGGAACACAUUGGGAUCGUCCUCUUGGAACAUGUCGGAAACGAACUGGCAAGGUGUCACAUGAUUGCGAUUUUGAAACAGACGACGUUUGUGGUUGGUCAUAUGAACCUAUGAAAAAUCUAGAAUGGAAGCGAGUGGCCGCUGCCAAUGCAUUUACAUCGUUUAAAACCGGACCACCCACCGAUCACACCACCAUGACGCACAACGGUGGCCAUUACAUGUUGAUGGAAAGUCUAAUAAGUCAGGAUAUGCCAGUAGAGUUGAGGUCUCCGAUAUACGGCAGAGAACUGUCGUUGAAAACAGCUUGUUGCUUCCAAUUUCAUUAUUUUAUGUAUGGCGCAGGUGUGGGCACAUUACAGGUCGUCGUAAAGCCAUUGUCGAUGAGUUUGGAUGAAAUACUGCUGAGCGAUGAUGAAUCAACUCUAAUUAAAUUCGAAAGAAAUGGCGGACAAAACAAUAUAUGGAAUGAAGCCCAUUUCAGCAUUGAGGAAUUAGAAGAAGACUUUCAAAUAAUUUUUGUUGCCAGAUCCGGUCGCACUCAACUAAGUGAUAUUGCUGUGGACGAUGUACGGCUAAUGAUGGGAGACGAAUGUAAAGCUUUGGAUAAAAGCAAUGAUGAUACACCGUCUAAUGAAGAGUAUGACACAACCACUUAUCAGUCCAUAUUUGAUAUGCAGUCAUGUGCUAAUCGAUGUUUCAAGAGCGGUGGAGUAGGAUUAUUAAGGGAAGGUGAGGUUUUAAUGGGGCUGUGUAGUUGCACUGCUGAUUGUGAAGAUUCAGACACUUGUUGUCCUGAUUUUAAGACUAUAUGUCUUACAGAAUUAUUUGAACAAACCACUGUGGAAUCAUCCGCGAAUGACAAUGAGGGGCAAAAUAUUUCAACGACAGCUACACCAACAACAACGACAGCUGCGACAGUGCCGACUAGUACUUCAACAGUAAAAGUCAUUCCAACAACAACAACUACUACGACAACAGUUGCCACCACGCCUACAACAACAACAACGAUUAGAACCACAACAACUCGUAUGACAACACCUUCUACCACAACAAGGAAAACAACAACUACUACCACCACCACUACUACUACGACCAAAAAGCCAAUUCCAACGAUAAGAAGCACUACCAAAGCUACAACUACUAGAAAGAUCACAACUACUACUACUAUUCGGCCGACAUCUACUACAACAACAACAACGACAACAAAGAAGCCAGAAAAGCCAACUGAAAAAACUAACACCCACAUUGUAACAUCCGAAACUCCAAUUAUUGUUAAAACACCCACACAAAAAACCAAUAUUGAGCCAAAAAUAAAUACAUAUAGCUUUGAUAAUGACCCCCAUGAAGAGGAUCCUCAUAAUGGCUUUUCCAUCCUUUUGUGCAUUUUUGUUGCAAUUGUGAUUAUAAUAGUAGCCGGCUUAGCAUAUCGACGAUUCGGCGAUCGUGCCGUUGCUUGGUAUUUAAUACGCUUUAGCAAAAGAAAUUGCGAAGAUGAUAGUUCGGCUGUAGCUACGACUUUUAAUGGCACUGCCACAACUACCGAUAGCAAGAAUAAUAAAAAGUCCAGCAGAACCAAAUCAAAGAAAAAAUCGCAAGCAUAUUCGAAUGAAUUCACUCGGCCCCUAGUUGAUGACGAUGAUGAUGUGAACGAUGAGAAUUACCCCAUCAAUGGGAAUAUAGUCCUAAGAAACAACACAUAUACCGAGUUAUAA